AAGCCUGUCUGGCAUGGUGGACGUUGAAACGCAGCUCUGAUACUGCAGUUGUAGUAUUACUAGAUGAUAAUCUAAACUAUAACCUACCUAAAGUAUUACCAGGAAAGACAGGAAUGGCAGCCAACAUGUCGGAAGACAUCUACGCCAAACCAGACAUGACGCAGAAGGUGAAGUCAGAGGACAUCUAUGAUAAUGCAGACAUGAUACAGAAGGUGAAGUCAGAGGACAUCUAUGAUAAUGCAGACAUGACACAGAAGGUGGAGUCGGAUGACAUCUACGCUAAACCAGACAUGACCCAGAAGGUGAAGUCAGAGGACAUCUAUGAUAAUGCAGACAUGACCCAGAAGGUGAAGUCAGAGGACAUCUAUGAUAAUGCAGACAUGACCCAGAAGGUGAAGUCUGACGGGGGGGAGAUGGAGGAGAGGAUGGUGGACAUCUACGUUAGUGAUGACACCCUCAGAGGUCACGACCCCUGCUCAGAGGCUGAGGAUACACCAGAGAACACAGCAGGAGAUCAGCUCUCAGGUGCUGGGGGUCCAGAGAGGAGUCUCUCCAGAGCUGCAGCAGUGUGUCUGGGGCUGCUGUGUGCUCUCCUACUGGCUGGGAUCAUAGCACUGGGAGUCAUCUUCACCAGAGUAAAUUAUGACAAAACCAUAAAGACUAUGGAGAGAGACCAACUACAGACCAGUUACACCAUCCUAACCAGAGAGAGAGACCAGCUGAACACCAGUAACACCAACCUGACCAGAGAGAGAGACCAGCUGAACACCAGUAACACCAACCUGACCAGAGUGAGAGACCAGCUGAACGCCAGUAACACCAUCCUGACCAGAGAGAGAGACCAGCUGAACGCCAGUAACACCAUCCUGACCAGAGAGAGAGACCAGUUACAGACGAGUAACACCAACCUGAGCAGAGUGAGAGACCAGUUACAGACGAGUAACACCAACCUGACCAGAGUGAGAGAUGACCUUAGGAGGAGGCUGUGCGAGGGCCAAGAUGGAUGGAGCAGGUUUGGCUGCAGCUGUUACUACGUCUCUACUGAGCAGAAAACCUGGUCUGACAGCAGACAGGACUGUAGAGGGAGAGGAGCAGACCUGGUGAUCAUAAACAGCCUAGAGGAACAGGAUUUCCUCAAUAACCUCAACAAGAACGUGUGGAUCGGUCUGACUGACACAGUAACAGAAGGGAACUUUAUCUGGGUGGACGGAACUCCACUGACCACACCCACGUACUGGUACAGAAAUCAGCCUGAUAAUUACCCUAACACACCAGGCAGUGUUGGUGAGGACUGUGCUGAGAUAUACUACUCACCUUCUGAUGUUCCUCCUCCUAAAACAUGGAAUGAUAAAACAUGUGAAUUGGGUAAUUACUGGGUCUGUGAGAAAGGGAUCUAAUAAUGGAGAUUCAGGGUGGGGUUUUGUAUUGUUAUUUAACUACACUGUCUAUCCAUCCAUCUGUCUGACUAAUCCAUCCAUCUAUGUAAUCUCUCUAUUCAUGCAUUUACAGUAAUGCUCCUGGUACAUUAUUGUCAGGUCUAUAAUACCUGUCAUAGCCGUAUGAGUGAAUUAACUGUGAUAAUGAGCUUUCACUCCCUAUUGGCUAACAGAGUAGAUGAUGUAAUAAUGAGUUGUAUAGGCUUAAACUGUUUGUAGCUUCCCAGCAACAUUCAUUUAUAAAAUAAA